AUGGCUUCCAACGACACCUGGAUAAAUCCACGGAUUCGGUAUCGAAUGAACGAACAUGCACUCAAGGAAGAUAUGCAAGAUUGUCCAGAUAUCGAUUUGGGACAUUUCGAUGAUGUGGACGUGGAUUUUGGCGCAAUCUUGAAGGAUACUAUUACCAUUCUCAACAAUGACAAACAUCGCGGCCGCACAACAAAGACAGUGGUCGUGCUAUCGGACAAUCAUCCUCUUCCUCGGCGCCCAAGAUUCUUGCGGCUUCGAGUUUACUGGGCAAGAUUGCGGGGUUGGCGGUUUUGA